AUGGCGACACUUCUUACCAUCUUCAUUUUUUGCAUUCGUCUUUGGUCUACUACAAGCUUAGCGAUCGGAGAAAAUUACGGGAAGCAUGCGAUGUGGCCACAAGUGACCCAUAUUGUGGUAUAUUGGCAGGACAAGGUGAGUCGUCCGAACCCAACUUCCAUACCCGUGAUCGCACCCGUCAAUGGAUCCAACACAUUUUUUGGGUUUACAAGCAUGAUCGACAACAAGUUGACCCAGAAACCAGACCCGAACUCCAAAUUAGUCGGGCGAGCUCAAGGAUUUUAUGCCUCAUCGUCGCAACAAGAGGUCGCAUUUUUGAUGAUUAUGAACUUUGUCUUUUUGGACGGCGAGUUUAAUGGAAGCACAAUCACCUUAAUAGGGAGGAAUCCUGCAUUAUCGCCGCAAAGGGAGCUCAGCAUCAUCGGGGGAACUAAUUCUUUUCAAUUUGCUCGAGGUUCUGCUCUGCUCAAAACUAAGAAAUUCGACCCAAACACUGGAGAUGCUACUGUUGAGUACAAUUUAUCUGUUAUGCACUUCUAA